AGGACAUGUGAAGCGUCCAGACGCUCUAAAGACACGAGGCAUCGAAUCACAGCCUGUAAAAAUAGCAGCAUGUUCACGCAGGCGUCUAAAUACAGAAGAGCUGUAAACAAGCAGCUGAACCUGGAGAGAAACACAGAGGAGCUGCUUCCAGCCGCAGCAUCAUGAAGGCAGAGCGGAUCGGCGUUGACAUUCCCGUCUAUGACCUCUCUCUGAUCCGAGGCCUGUGGGAGGGACGUGUGAAGAAAUACAAGCAGCGGCAGAAGAAGGAGGAAGAGCGGAUCAGUAAAAGUGCUCUGGCCAAGGUGGAUCAGCAGUGGCAGUAUCGCAUUGCAUGCAGAAAGCUGAAGAGCGCUGAGGUCACAGCGCUGCAGUGUUAUCUGGAGAGAUCAGCGCUCAGUGAAACACAUCUCCUGCCCAACGAGAACAAGGACAAUGAUGCAGACAACAAGAAGUUCAUUUUUGAGCUGAAUGGGAAAAAAUGGAUGAAAUUGCCUGAAGAUCUUCAGUACAUGACUUAUCUCAAGGAAUGGCACAUCCACGGGACCAGAAUUCCCGAGAUUCCCACUUACAUCGAGGCCUUUGUGGAUCUGCAUGUGCUGGACGUUCCGAAAAAUGGACUGACUAAACUUCCUACUGAGAUAGGGAAGCUGAUCAACCUGAGGGAAUUAAAUGUGAAUUAUAAUAAACUGUUAAGCAUUCCACCUGAACUCGGAGAAUGUGAGAAUCUGGAACGAUUAGAGAUGACAGCAAACGGAAAGCUGUCCGAGCUUCCCUUUGAGCUGAGUAAUCUAAAGAAAUUGACGCACUUGGACGUGGCAGAGAAUCAGUUUGCCGGUAUUCCUGUCUGUGUGCUUCGCAUGGAAAGCCUGAAGUGUCUGGAUAUCAGCAACAACAGACUCAAAGACCUGCCGGAGGAUAUCGACAGGCUUGAGUCAUUAGAAAUGCUGUUCCUUCACAAAAACAACGUGCGAUAUGUGCCGAUGACCAUGACGAACCUCAUCCAUCUGAAGAUGCUGGUCAUCAGCGCAGACGAACUGUACAGCAUACCAUCGCAAUUAGUCGACAAUCCUAACAUCAAAUUAAUCCGAUUAUAUGACAAUCCAAUAAACACCAACAAUGAAGACAUGAACGAGAUGAACACAGACGCAGAUGCUCAGGACGAGCGUGACAAGGAGUUCAUGAAGACAUACAUCGAGACUCUUCAAGACAGAGACACUCAGCCGUCAUACACCACUAAAGUCUCCCUCAGCUGCCUGCUGUAGAACCAGACGACUGUAAAUAUAACACAAUCAUCUGCUUCAGAAUGACAGAUUGAUAUUUGUGUGUUUUAAAUGCGUCUGUUUGAGUCUUUUAUUAGUUUUCUCAUUCUGAGUUCAAACUGAAAAGCAGGUUACACUGGAUGAUAAGCUGUUAGUGUCUAAAAGGUCUGGGUUUACUAUUAUUAAAGAAAAACUGCUGGGAGUUUUGCAGGCUUGAAGUUCACUAGUUAAAAUCUGACCCCAAACCCAUUUUAAUUUGGUUUUCUGUGAAGAUUUCCAUCGUUUAGUUUGUUUGAUGUGACCAAAUGUUUCACAGCAUGCUGAUGAAUUUUUCUGUCUGCAAGUCAAUGUUUUAUAAGAUGUAUGAAACAAGAAUUUAUUGUAAUUAAAUCAAUCAAAA